GAGGAGAGGAGGGAAGGCUUGGCUGUAUUUUUGUUGGAUUGCUGUGAAAAGCCAUUUGUCUGUAUUUCAUAUGGUGAAAGAGUGAGUGGCUAGUGGUGGGUGCGUAGGAUAAGCGGGCAAAUUUGUUAAAAGGUCAUUCACUACUCCACAAGUUGCCAAUGGUUGAAUUUGAAGAAGACUUGUGCUUCUUUGGAUAGCGCUGGCUGCUUUGAGCAUACCUGAUCUUGUUCUGUGAGUCUGCGUCUGAGAAUCAAUUGAAAUUUUGUUCUGUAGGCUAUGGCGAGGCAUGUGAACAUGGUGGCCUCUUUUUUGGUGGUGUUUUUAUUGACACCAUUGACACAUGCUGUUGCUGGAAGUAGAAGCAGCUUGUCUCAGCAGAAGCUGGAGGUUCAGGACCACUUGAAGCGCUUGAACAAGCCUCCAGUUAAAUCCAUCAAGAGUCCAGAUGGGGACAUAAUCGACUGCGUUCAUAUUACGCACCAAACGGCUUUUGAUCAUCCUUUGCUCAAAAACCAUAAAAUUCAGAUGAGACCGACCUUCUACCCAGAAGGACUUCUCAGUGAAAGCAAGGUUUCGUCAAAUUCCGAGGAAGAAUCAAACCCCACUACCCAGUUGUGGCACUUGAAUGGAAGAUGCCCAAAAGAAACAAUUCCCAUCAGAAGAACGAGAAAAAAUGAAAUAUUAAGAGCAAACUCUGUCAAAAGUUUUGGCAUGAAGAAGCACCUCGCUAUCCCUCAACCCAGAUCUGCAGAACCUGACCUCAUUAGCCAAAGUGGCCAUCAGCAUGCAAUAGUUUAUGUGGAAGGAGACAAGUAUUAUGGAGCCAAAGCAACAAUAAAUGUUUGGGCACCCAAAAUACAACAGUCUAAUGAAUUCAGCUUAUCUCAAAUCUGGAUCCUAGGGGGUUCUUUUGGUGAAGAUCUUAAUAGCAUUGAAGCUGGCUGGCAGGUCAGUCCAGAUUUAUAUGGAGAUAACAGAACUAGACUCUUCACUUAUUGGACUAGUGAUGCAUAUCAAGCCACGGGUUGCUACAAUCUCCUGUGUUCAGGCUUUAUUCAAAUCAAUAAUCAAAUAGCAAUGGGUGCAAGCAUCUACCCUGUUUCUAGCUAUGGUAGCUCCCAAUAUGAUAUCAGCCUACUUAUUUGGAAGGACCCAAAAGAGGGUAACUGGUGGAUACAAUUUGGAAAUAACUAUGUGCUAGGAUAUUGGCCAGCUUCGCUCUUCUCUUACCUGGCCGACAGUGCUACAAUGAUUGAGUGGGGAGGUGAGAUUGUAAACUCAGAAUUUGAUGGGCAGCACUCCACCACACAAAUGGGAAGCGGCCAUUUCCCUGAAGAAGGAUUUGGAAAAGCUGGUUACUUCAAGAAUAUUCAGAUUGUUGAUGGAUCCAAUCAUCUCAGGGCUCCUGAAGACCUUAACACUUUUACUGAACAAUCCAAUUGCUACAAUGUUCGAAAUGACAACGAUGGUGAUUGGGGUAACUACUUUUUUUAUGGUGGUCCUGGCAGAAACCCGAAUUGCCCGUGAUCUUACAGGGAGAAUAAGAUGGAAUUAAUCAAUAAAGAUUUGAUUCUUGUAUCAAUUCGAGUGGCGACAAGAUUGCCCUUGUGUAUAUCUUCUACUCUUCCAUAUUGUACACCAUUUAUUACUCUUUAUAGUUGGCUCGUGACUUGAAAAAUUUAUGCAAGUAUUAAAGCCAUUUAAGCAUGUAUCAUCUUUGUAAACUUUUAACUAGCAUCAUGUUAAUGAAUUUGUAUCUUAGCUCC